CUUGGCGCGUCUGUUUGUUUGUACUUUGAAUUUUUGUACCGUGUGUAAAAGAGAUCAAGAAUGGAUGAGAUGAGUGAAAGAAAAAAAAAGGAAAAAGUUUGAUGAGCAAGACCGGUUGGGAUGUUAAACAUGGAGAAGACGAAAAGAGGAGAGGUAACGAGGAAUGGCAACAGGAUAUUACGAAUUAUUGGUGUAUUGCGAGUUGAUUAGUGGGGACGAAAUACCCCCCCGGAUUCCUGCAAAGGAAAAAAAAAAAAACCCCCUAAUUUGCAAGAACGAUAGGAAGGGAGGUAGGAGAUUUUUUUUUUCCUUUGAAAAGGGGGACCCCACGGAGUUUUUAUACACGUAAAAGACGAGAGACGGUUAAAGGGUGGGGAGGGGGAAAGGGUUGGACUUGGGGGUAUUCGGACGUGAGCGGGAGAAAGGGGAAAAAAACGAAACAAAAAAAACGUAUUACAUUAUAUAGAAUAGGAAUGAAGAAAACAAAGGAUGCACAGGCAAAGUUUGGGCGGGAGGGCGGAAAUAUGUGACAAUUGGAAAAGGGGGGGGGGGAGGAUGAUAAAGGGAAACGACUAGCGGUUGCGUUGGUAUCGUUUGAUGCGAGCAAAAAAAAAUUGAGGUCUUUUGAGGGGGAGGGGGAGGUAUUCCGAGAUGGGAGGACACACGACCGUGCGAGCGCCGAGUCAAA